AUGUCUGGCGAACACCAAUUCGCUGGAGGAAACCUCGGUUUGACCGCUAAUGCCCAUGGUUUGCCUUUGUUUGUCGACGAUGCUCCACAGUAUACAAGGCUUCCUUGUGGUUUGCCAUUAUGUGGCCUCUUUGUUCCUAUGUGGCGUCUUCACUCUUACGUGGCAACCACGUUGAUUAAAUAUUAUCUAUCAUAUGCUAAAGCUGAAGUAUCAAGACGAUCUAGCUGCUGCUCUGAGCAAAGAGUUUCGGCGGUGAGAGAUGAUGAGGAGCUGCAGCUGGGUCAGAUUUACUUUGCUUUGCCGUUGAACCGGUUGAAACGCCGGAUGCUAGCGGAGGACAUGGCGGAAUUGGCUGUGAAAGCUAGCUCAGCGUUGACAAAGAGUGGUUGUUGCGACGAGAAAGGCGGAGGAUACUGCCCGAAUAUUCUCGUUUUUCCCGAUGAGAACGGUAUGAAGCCGUCGAGGAAGGUGGCUGGUGGUGGACAAAGUGGGUUGAGAAGGGGGAGGAGUAGUGGCGGCUGCGGGAGGAGGGGGAAAAUUACAGCGAAGUUGAUAACUAUUCCCGAGUAG